CACAACCGCCAUGAAGCCCAAAGGUGUUCCAUGGAGGACGCUGCUGCCCAGAGAUACAGAGACGGGACAGUACCAGCGACAUGUGGACUGUGUGGAGGAGUGCGACCGUGAUGAGAUCAACACGAGUUGCAGGGAGAUGCCGGGAGUGGCUUUCCUAACGGGACGCUACAAGGCGCUCAUUGAGGAAGAUAUCCGAUUUAAAGAGGAGAAGAAGAAGAGGAAGAAGGAAAAGUACAAAAAAGUCAAGAAGAAUGUUGGAAAGGCACUGCGUUCCACAUGGAAAUGCUUCAUGCUGGGACUGCACAAUUUUGCACUGGGCUACUCGACUCCCAUUGCAGUGGCUGCCACCUUCAUGCCUGACUUCAACCCGGGAAGAAGCACAACAUAAACCCCUGUCCUCCUCAUCCUCCUGUCUUGUAGAUUGACAUCCUACUCUUGGACUAGUUCCUUUCAUUUUUUAUAAUAUUAAUUUCUAUUGACACUAUGUGUGCCUUGAAAUGUGUGGUUUGAUUCAAAUUAAACUUGUGGGAAAAGAAAGUGCACCAGAACAGAAAAGCGAGUGAUCAAUAGUGUAAGUGAAAGCACUGAGUUGUGGGACGUGCAUCUAAUAUGAUGAAAACGUGUAGUGGUUACCACGGAUUUUGCAAGUGAUUAUAUGUGUCGGUAAAUAUCUAAAAAUGUACAUAAAACGCAAUGCCUUUCUGUGUUUGUCAUGAUCGUAUACGGUAUAAUAAUUCCUGUGUGUAUAUAUAUAUACACACACACACACACACACACACACACACACACACACACAGUGAUCAUUUCAAAAGUGUAGUACAAUGGACACUGACAUUUACGUGUGAGUAUACUCUUUCUAUUUUGGUUUGUAUGUUUUGGUAACAGUCGCUUGGACUUUACGUCACUAGAUUGUGUUUAUAGUGAAUAAAAUUUGUAUUCACGCAA